CAUAAGAGACCCAUUAUGAACCGCACCCCUUCUUCCACCCUCUCUCACUCACCCACCUUAUCCUCCCUUCACCACCACCACCAUCAUCUUCAAUCACCCUAUUCACCUUCAAAUUCUUCUUCUUCGCCGGCUUCACCCUGCCCCUCUCCUCUGCGAAUAUCGUUGGCCACCAGGGCUGCCGCCUUUCGCCUCCUCCGCCACUUCCGACACGUCCGAAUCCUCCGUGUCCAUCUCCGCCUCCUUCUCCUCUUCUCCUUACCCUCUUUCUACUUCUUCCUCUCCAACCCUCGCCGCUCUUUCCUACUCGAUUUCCUCUCCGCUUUAGCCUUCUCCGCCGUUCUCCUUCUUUCCAUCAACCUCUCCCUUCCUCGCCUACCAUCACUCCGUCUACUCCUUGCCCGCUCAUUCCCCCUGAAGCUCUCCUCCUCCUCCCUUGCCUCGCGAACUCCUUCGCCGGUUCUUUGGUCAAUUGGGUCGAAGCAGAAAUCUGAGCGACGGGUUAAUUCAGGUUGUGCAGUUCAGGUUUACAGCAAUGGGGAUGUCUACGAGGGUGAAUUUCAUAAGGGUAAAUGCUCUGGUAGUGGUGUUUAUAACUAUUUCAUGAGUGGGAGGUACGAGGGUGAUUGGGUUGACGAGAAGUAUGAUGGGUAUGGGGUGGAGACUUGGGCGAGAGGGAGUCGAUACCGUGGGCAGUACAGACAGGGUCUUAGACAUGGUUAUGGAGUGUAUAGGUUCUACACUGGAGAUGUCUAUGCUGGAGAAUGGUCGAAUGGGCGGAGUCAUGGGUGUGGAGUUCAUACCUGCGAGGAUGGAAGUCGUUAUGUUGGAGAAUUCAAGUGGGGCGUUAAGCAUGGCCUCGGCCACUACCAUUUCAGGUAGAAAAAAAUAUAUAUUUAUUUUGCCUCUUUUCAAUAAUGGCCAUCUGGAUUCCUCAAUUCAUUGACCCAGAUUUGGCCUCAUUGUAUCUAGGCUGUGUUGGUGCUUGAAUCUUUGUUCUGUGGAUUAUAGGAGAAAUGGUUAAUUUCAUUCAGGAUUUCUGAAGUAG